CGGCCGCCUGACGUUUUCGCGGACAUCCGUUGAGAAGAGAAGCCCCCAGACAGAGACCCCCACCCAGCAGCACGACAGCAAACCAACGCACCACUCUCAGCGAGCGCAAUGGCCGACCACACAAUCCUCUCCCCAGCAAACUCAAAGCCCUACCUCACCCGCCCGCUCGCCUCCUCCAAAGAAGCCCUCGCCGCCGUCCACCGCGCAGCCACCGCCUUCCCAACCUGGCGGACAACCCCCCUCGACACCCGCAUAGCCCUCAUCGAAAAGUUCGUCACAGCCUUCGUCGCCAAAAAGGAUGUCCUAGUCGAAGAGCUCGCCUGGCUUAUGGGCCGCCCCAUAAAGCAGAACGCGAAUGAGGUCCGCGGGUUUGAGGAGCGCGCCAGGCAUAUGAUCUCGAUUGCGAAGGACGCGUUGAAAGAUGUGCCGGCGGUGCCGGAGAAGGAGGGGCUUAAGCGGUUUGUGAGGAGGGAGCCGCUGGGUGUAGUUUUUGUGAUUGCGGCGUGGAAUUAUCCGUAUUUGAUUUCGGUUAAUGGGGUUGUUCCUGCGUUGCUUGCUGGAAACACGGUAAUUCUGAAGCAGGCGCCGCAGACAUUUCCAUGCGCCGAACGCUUUGCUGAAGCUUUUAAGGAAGCUGGAUUGCCAGACGGUGUCUUCCAGUACCUCCACAUCGACCACCCGACCUCGGCCCAAAUCAUCUCCCACCCCCAAAUCGCCCACGUCCUCUUCACCGGCUCCGUCCGCGGCGGCCACGAAGUCUGCAAAACCGCCGCAGAGCGUUUCGUCGGCGUCGGGCUCGAACUCGGCGGCAAAGACGCGGCGUACGUGCGCGAAGACGCGGAUAUCGCCUAUGCGGCCGAGAACCUGGUCGAUGGGGCCAUGUACAACUCGGGCCAGAGCUGUUGUGGGAUUGAGCGGAUCUAUGUGCAUGAGAAGGUGCAUGAUCAGCUGGUUGAGAGGAUGGUGGAAGUUGCGAAGGGCUACAAACUAGGCGACCCUUUACACCCUGACACCAACCUCGGCCCCGUAGUUAGUACAAAAGCAGCAGAUUUCAUCAGGGAACAGAUUGAGGACGCAGUCUCAAAAGGCGCCAACCCCCAUCUCCUCCCCACCCUCUUCCCCGCCGCUCAACCUUCCACCCCCUACGUCGCCCCCCAAAUUCUCACCAACGUCUCUCACUCCAUGCGCGUCAUGACCGAAGAAACCUUCGGCCCCGUGGUCGGGAUCAUGCGCGUGAGCUCUGACGACGAGGCGGUGCGGUUGAUCAAUGAUAGCGUGUUUGGACUUACGGCGAGUGUGUGGACGCGCGAUGAGGAGGCGGCGCUGAAGGUGGCGGACGGCGUGGAGGUGGGGACGGUGUUUAUGAAUAGGUGUGAUUAUUUGGACCCGGCUUUGCCGUGGACGGCGGUCAAGGAGAGUGGGAGGGGCGUUACUUUGUCGGUGCUUGGAUACGAUCACCUCACACGACCCAAAAGCUUCCACUUCCGCGUCAAGACCUGAACGUCAUUAUUUAACAUCUGUCCCAUUGCCUGGCCGUCUACACCCGCAGGCUAACACCAGUCUCAAUCCCUGUAAUCCCUCUGUACAUGUGUACCUUUGAUAAAACAGCAGUAACAAUGAAGUGCGACCAACGCAAAUGCCCUUGUCGGGGAUGAUGCCG